GCGAGUUAAUUCAAUUCUGGAGCGCCUCGUAUAGUAAGAGAGCGCCUCACAAAUCAGGAGGACUUUAACAGCACCGGCAUCUUUGGCGCUCAACACCAGGGAAAAGAAUAUCAUUUCACUCCAAGAAAGGUCUUUCAUUCGACUCUGUCGACUGCGACUGAGAUGAAUCAUAAAGCCGCUUCUCUGUGGGGUUUGUUGCUAUCGCUUGUGACAGCUGCGCUUGCGGAAAACGCCGUUCUUAAAGGUGCAGACAGUGAUUUCGAUGAACUCCCCGCGGAUACAAAGCCUGCGAAUGGCCAAAUCAGGUACAACAUGAGGAAGAGUUUAGACAUGGAACAGGAGGGAUGCUACCUCCAGGUGGGGAAGAAGGAGUGCCUGGAGAAGUGUGGCUUCAAUGCUACAGCCAAGACCAUCUUCAUCAUACACGGCUGGACGGUGAGUGGGAUGUUUGAGAGGUGGAUGCACAAGCUGGUGUCUGCGGUGAUGGAGCGUGAACGUGAAGCCAAUGUGGUAGUGGUGGAUUGGAUCCCCUUGGCUCUCCAGCUGUACCCAGAUGCCGUCAACCACACCCACGACGUCGGUCUGGAUAUCGCAAAAUUGCUUGACUGGCUUCAGGAUGAGCUGCAUCUGUCUCUGGCGAACGUGCACCUGAUUGGCUACAGCUUAGGGGCUCAUGUGGCCGGCUACGCUGGAACAUUCGUGCGAGGGUCCAUUGGCCGAAUCACUGGUCUUGAUCCUGCUGGUCCCAUGUUCGAGGGCGUGGAAGAGAAGAAACGCUUGUCUCCGGAUGACGCCGAUUUUGUAGACGUGCUGCACACUUAUACCCGUGAAGCCCUGGGCGUCAGUAUUGGCAUCAAAGAGCCAAUUGGAGACAUUGAUAUCUACCCCAAUGGAGGAGAUGUCCAACCUGGAUGUCAAUUGGACGAUGUCUUGGCAUUGGCAGGAAAUUUCAUGGAGGUGAUGCAGUGUGAGCACGAGCGAGCCGUGUACUUGUUCGUGGACUCAUUGAUGAACAAGGAUCACAUGAGCUACGCUUUCCAAUGCAGUGACCCGAAUCGCUUUAAGAAGGGCAUCUGCCUGAGCUGUCGCAAGAACCGCUGCAACAACAUCGGUUACAACGCCAGGAAGAUGCGUAAGAGGCGCAACAGCAAGAUGUACCUGAAGACUCGCGCUGUCACUCCCUUCGGAGGAUACCACUACCAGAUGAAGAUGCAUGUGUUCAACAGGAAACAGGCAGACGAGUCCGAUCCUGUCUUCCACGUCCAGCUGUUUGGGGCCCAUAAUGAUUCAGAGAAAUUUUUUGUUGAUGUCCAAGAAAAGUCCAUCGGCCUGAACCUGACCAACACCUUCCUGGUGUUCACAGAAGAAGACAUCGGUGAGCUAUUGAAAAUCCGUCUGAUGUGGGAGGGAGAUGGUGAAACCUGGAAUUCUGUCUGGAGAAACUUUAAAAAGACCUGGUGGACAUGGAGCCCCAAACCCCCCAAACCGGUUCUGGAGGUCAGACGGAUUCGUGUGAAGGCGGGAGAGACCCAGCAAAAAUUCACAUUCUGCGCUGCAGAUCCCUCGAAAACAGAAAUUUCUCCAGGCGACUGGAUAGACUAUGUCAAAUGUCGUGAUGGAUGGGAAGUGAAGCCUAGAAAACGAUUACCCAUGUAACUGGCACCUUCAUGCGAUGAGAAUGGGGACCCAACAUGCAAAAAGGGAAGCCCAGUCUUCUCGUGAUCAAAGCACUUUGGAAAGGAGAUGGACGGAUCAGCACACAGUUGAGGAGAGGCGGGAGAAGGGGAAUGUGAGCGCCUGGGCAUGUGUGACUCUCCAGUUAGUCAAGAUUGGAAGAUGGUCGUCAAUGUGUCACGAUUAUCUGGAGAAGGGUGAAUGUUCUAUUUGAGUCAUGCAAACGAACAGUUAUAGUCGCUGUACUGUACAUUUUUUUAAGUAUUUGUUUUAUUUAUAUAAAAAAAAGUGGAAGCACUGCAAGACCAAUGCUAUUUAUCAGAGCACAUCCCAUUAAGAAGCAGUUGAGUGGGUUUCUCCAUGAUGCAGUACUUCCUGUCUGUCUGCGUGUGACGUAUUUGUGUGACUGGCAAGUGUGCCUUUUCUGCUGAGUGAGAUUAACAAUACACUGUUUACCUGAAGGAGACACCUGAGCUCAUUGCACACUUAAGUUGUUUCGUGUGUUCAUUUGUGUUACUGCUUUUUGGGGAGUUGUGUGCAUUCAUGUACAUAUGUAAAUACAACUUUAUGUAUUUGGAAGAUUAAAUAAAUGACUGUUAUUUGUAA